UUUCCUACCAGUACCCACUCGAAUAUCCUGGUUGAUUAUAUCUAAAAUCUGGAUUCAUCGGUCCCUCCAAGAAAUGAAUCAACCCAAAAGAUCAUUGGACGAUAGCCAAGCUUUAUUCUAAUCUGGGAUUGUUUGACCUUGAAGAUUGACGGGCUCAGUUGUAACAAUAGGAGAGCAGCGGGUAAGGUUUCGAUUUAUUGGAGCUUGAAACCCUGCUUUUGCAGAUCAUGGCAUUGUCGCACGACUGCGAUUGACAUCGUGAGUCCGAGCAGAAACAGUUUGCAUGGCUAACCAAGCAAGAAACACGUAGCUAAACAUUGAAUCACAUGUAAACAUCACAAGACAAUCGGGUUAGACGACUUCAAAGUCUGGAAAUUUCGUGGCUAUUUACGCGAAAAGGGCCAUGCCAAACAAAGUUAAUAUUAACGCAGCAGCGUUGCACGACACGAGUUUUGAGAAGGACAAGUUGCACGACUAUGCGGAUUUUUAUUUGAAGAGUUUCUUUUGGAAAGAUGCUGCUGCCGUUUAUAGCCCGCAAACAGAAAACUUCUCUUGUUACAGAAAAGUCUUCAAAAAUAUUGAUGACAAUGAUUUGGAUAUCAAAGUGGACAAUAGGGAUGAUAUUUAUAUCAAGGAAAGGGAUGACAAAAGGAACUCGCAAAAACAGCUAAAAUGCGAAAGCGAAAAUAACAACUCAGCUUUUUCCUUGAUAGGAGAAAAUAGCGAUGACAGUUGCAAGAAUCACACCACCGUGUAUCCAGUUACAACUAAAAUAGUCAUGGGGAUUGAAAGUUCAUCUGAAUUACAUCGGUUGAACAAAACUAAAUUGUUUGGAGACCCCACGAAAAUUUGCGAAAGCAAGCAAGCGAAAACAUCAAAUGAAAGCGAAAUUUGCACAUCUCUGUCAAAUGGAAACGAAAGUGAAAUUGUAGACAUUAACUCAAAUUCUCUGUCUGAAGAAAUUUGGAUAUAUAGAGAAACGGAGAAAAUUGGAACAGAGAGUAAACGACAAACGUGGAAAGGCGAAUUAGCUCAUGAAGAUCAUAUACGCUCCAAGAAUCUCGACAAAACAAAUACGAUAGAGAAAGUGGGGUCAAAAGUGAACUCAGAACAAAAGGACAAUACUUGUCCCAAAGACAAAAACAUUGUACAGCAGCUCGAUUUCACUGGUGAUGCCUUUAGGGUGAAUUCCAGAAUACCCACAAUAAAUGGACAGUAUUCCGAAAAAGUUUCUGAGAAGUGGAAGAUUUCUCAUAUCAAAUCAAAUUUGGAACUUCCAACAGAACAAAUGUUUUUUACAAAUUUUUCGGGUGUUCUGUUCAACAUCAAAGAAACUAAUGUCAGAUGUAUGGAAGACAUGAGAGAUGCCAUUUUGCACAACUAUUCUACCAAGCAUGAGGAAAGAAACUCCAUUCUGACCGUUCAAACAUUCAAGUUUUUGUUGAGCCGUCUCGUGGACAAUCGUGUCAUGUAUCCAACUGAGGACGGCGGAUACAGGGUCAUUGGUUCUAGACGGCCAAAACCGAAAAAGAACAGACGGUACUUGGGUUUUGGAAAUCAGAAACAARUUCUUGAAAAUGGRAAUGCAUCUGAAAAAAUCCAAAAAACGACGAAAAACAAGGAUGGCAAGGCUGCGAACAGUGAGAAACGAAACAAGGUGAAAUCAGAAGUAAAGAGUGCAAAACCAAAACUGAAACGAAAAAAGAGAAGAAAUGUACUAUUUGGUUACRUAUGCAUGAAAAUAGUCGUGAAACUCAGCAAAACCUUUCCAUUGCUAUAAAAUAUUAUCAUGAAUCGCAAAACGUAUAAUUCCCAUUCACUUCGAAAUAUUUCGCUUAUUAAAAACAUUGUCUUACUAAUAUUGCAAAGCCAACAUUUGAAAAAAAUAACGGAAUGCAUAUAUAUAUAAUAGACAGAGUUCACUUGAAAAGGAUACUAAUGAUAGCAAAAAGAAAAGAAAAAGAAAGAUUAUAGAAAAUGAAAAAAAAAGAAAUGAGAAAUAAUAUAAGUGAGAAAAAGCAGAUAAAAAUAUAUACAAAUUCAACCUGCAAUGCUAUAACAUCCAAUUUUAUAUCCACAUAUAGUAUUUACAAGUUCUAUGUAAUUAAUAUUAAUAAUUAAGUAGCAAUUUGUACUUCACAAGUACUUGUUGUACUACAUUUUUUAUCCAAGCAUCCAGUAUGAAACAAACUUUUGAUUUAUCAGCUGUCCCAACCAGUCWUGGACAAAAAUUGUAGUGCAUAUAUACAGUGCUUCCAGUAAAAGCAUAGAAAUUCUUAAAGAGAAUUACACAAAAUUGUAAAUGGAUUCCUUUAUAUCUGGAAACUAUUUCUGAAAUGGUCAUCGAGAUACAUGUAUUAUGCCAUAACUGGAAACUACAUUGGACAGUAAUAUGAACAAUAAUACACAAACUAGAAGUGAUAAUUUAGGCCAAACAUUGAACAUAAUACCCACAAGAAGUGAUUCACAUUAAUUUAAAUUUGUCAUUGAUUGUUAUUAAUCCAGUACUUUUUGUUCAAUGYCUACCCCAGGAAUACAGCAUUAUGAAAGUUUAAUAAUAUAAACUAUGUCACRAUUAAGUUAAAUCUUUAUGAUAUUAAAGUGGUAUAUAAUUUAUCUAUUGUUAAUCAAAAGCAUUAAAGAAUACACAGGUUGAAGACAAUUAUAUUUGGACAAUUAUAUUGAGAAAUUAAAAUAAUGGUAAUCACAAGAUAAAAUCAUUUGAAAAUUUAAAAAAAUUAAAAAAUGCGAGUAUAUGAAGUAUUUACAAUGUGACACACACUUUCCUUAGAUCAGCCAUGUACAAUACGUAAGAAUUGAUAAAAUUGAUAUUCAAUAAAACUUCUACCUAUA